AUGCUCGGGAAAAUUCAGAUCCAAAACCAGUUUUCUGAACUGCCCCAUUCGAUCUCUUCAUACACCUGUGCAGGAUUUCAUGGUGAAGCUGUAGGGUGGAAGUUGUAUUCAACGCCAAGGAAAAAUAAACAAAGCCCAAAACGACGAAGUUGUCGUCGUCCUCGUCAUCAACUCACUCACUUUCACUCUCACUCUUUCUAUCCAAGUGUUCAUCCUUCUUCUGAUUUUAGUUAUGUAGCCACGCCUCAAUCGCUCUCUUCCUCCCGGAUCUUUCCACAGUCAAGUUACGUUCCAGAGCACACAGAUCGCCGUUUACAGACUUCAUUUUCACUACCCAGCCCAGAGAUGGGUGGUUUUCCGUUUGAAGAUGUGUCCCACAGAGUUUGGGAGGAUCCCUCUUUUAUAAAGUGGAGGAAGAGAGAACCUCACGUGCCUUUGCGCUGCCAUGAAUCUGUUGAAGGGUCCUUAAAAUACUGGCAUCAGCGUAACAAAGUGGAUCUUUCGGUAUCCGAGUCUUCUGUUUGGGAUGAUGAUGCCGUCCAAGCAGCUCUUGAUUCUGCUGCCUUGUGGGUCAAGGAUUUGCCUUAUGUGAAGUCUUUGUCUGGCUUCUGGAAAUUUUUCCUUGCUCCCUGCCCUGCCAAAGUUCCACCUGCUUUCCAUGAUGUUGCAUUUCAGGAUGCUGAGUGGGGCAUGUUACCAGUACCAUCAAAUUGGCAGAUGCAUGGAUUUGAUAAGCCUAUAUAUACAAAUGUCGUAUAUCCAUUUCCUCUCGACCCUCCACAUGUUCCACAGGAUGAUAAUCCUACAGGCUGUUACAGAACAUACUUCCAAAUUCCUAAAGAAUGGGAGGGUCGUAGGAUCUUCUUGCACUUUGAGGCUGUUGAUUCUGCUUUUAUUGCUUGGAUAAAUGGCAUGCCCGUGGGAUAUAGUCAGGAUAGUAGGUUACCUGCUGAGUUUGAAAUAUCAGACAACUGCCAUCCAAUUGGGUCAGAAGAGAAGAAUGUUUUGGCUGUUCAAGUGCUUAGGUGGAGUGAUGGAUCUUAUCUUGAAGAUCAAGAUCAUUGGUGGUUAUCUGGUAUCCAUCGUGAUGUGCUUCUUCUUGCCAAACCACAGGUGUUCAUUGCGGACUACUUUUUCAAGUCAAGCCUGGCUGAGAAUUUUUCUUCUUCAGAUAUUCAGGUCGAAGUGAAAAUAGACAACUCCAGAGCAAGUCCUAAGGAUGACCCUUGUGUCAGCUUUAGCAUAAAUGCUGCAUUAUAUGAUACUGGGAGCUGGUAUACCAGUGAUGGUUCUGGUCUGCUUUCAAAUAUUGUGGUUAAUUUGACCACCAUUCCCUCAUCUGAUGCUAUUUUGGGUUUUGUUGGUUAUACACUCUCUGGGAAGCUCGACAUGCCAAAACUUUGGUCCGCCGAGCAGCCAAACCUGUACAUUCUUGUUGUCACCCUCAAAGAUGCAUCAGGGCACAUAGUGGACUGUGAAUCAUGUGUGGUAGGCAUACGACAAGUUUCAAAGGCCCCCAAACAAUUACUUGUUAAUGCGCAGCCAGUCAUGAUAAGAGGUGUAAACAGGCAUGAACAUCAUCCGCGUGUUGGGAAAACUAACAUAGAGUCUUGCAUGGUUAAGGAUCUUGUUCUUAUGAAGCAAUACAAUAUUAAUGCUGUGAGAAACAGCCAUUAUCCCCAACACCCCCGCUGGUAUGAGUUGUGCGAUCUCUUUGGCAUGUACAUGAUUGAUGAAGCUAACAUUGAGACUCAUGGGUUUCAUCUCUCUGGACAUCUGAUGCCCCCUGCAAUGGAAUGUGGUUGGUCUAAUGCAAUGGUGGAUCGUGUGAUAGGCAUGGUAGAGAGAGACAAAAAUCAUGCCUGUAUAAUAUCUUGGUCAUUAGGAAAUGAGUCCUCAUACGGACCCAAUCAUUCUGCUGCAGCAGGUUGGAUUCGAGGAAAGGAUACCUCAAGGUUGUUGCACUACGAAGGAGGGGGAUCUAGAACUUCAUCUACAGAUAUUGUAUGCCCCAUGUAUAUGCGUGUUUGGGACAUAGUGAAGAUUGCAAAAGAUCCAUCUGAAUUGCGUCCUUUGAUACUUUGCGAGUACUCACAUGCUAUGGGGAACAGCAAUGGGAGCUUAGAUGAAUAUUGGGAGGCGAUCGAUAACACAUUUGGUCUCCAAGGAGGCUUUAUCUGGGACUGGGUUGACCAGGGAUUACUGAAAGAAUCUACUGAUGGUUGUAAACAUUGGGCAUAUGGAGGAGAUUUUGGGGAUACACCUAAUGAUUUGAAUUUCUGUCUGAAUGGUUUUAUGUGGCCUGAUAGAACUCCUCACCCUGCUGUGCACGAAGUGAAACACGUGUACCAACCAAUUAAGAUUUCACUAAAGGAUGGCAAGCUGAAGAUAACAAAUACUAAUUUCUUUGAUACUACACAACUGUUGGAGUUCAUUUGGGCUGCUUAUGGUGAUGGAAUUGAACUUGGAUCUGGAAAACUCUCUCUUUCCCUGAUAGAACCUCAGAAAAGUUGUGAAGUGGAUUGGGAGUCAGGUCCAUGGUAUUCCCUAUGGAAUUCAUCAACUGCUGGAGAGCUCUUCCUGACCAUAACAGCUAAGCUUUUGCAGUCUACACGAUGGUUGGAAGCCGGUCACAUCGUUUCCUCCAACCAAUUACAGUUGCCUGGCAGAAAAUCGAUCUUACCUCAUGCCCUCAAGACUAAAGUUGCUAUGCUCUCCACCGUUGUUGCUGAGGACUUCAUCACUAUAAGCCAUCAGAGUGUUUGGGAGGUAACAUUCAACAAAUCGAGUGGAGCAAUUACGUGCUGGAAGGUUAAAGGAGUUCCUGUCAUGAUCAAUGGAAUCUUCCCAUGUUUCUGGAGAGCACCUACCGACAAUGACAAAGGAGGGGAAGAUCGCAGCUACUACUCCAAGUGGAAAGCAGCUCAUCUAGACUCAGUUGUAUUUCAGACAAAGAGUUGUUCCAUCCAGAACUCAACAAACGAUCUGGUGAAACUGGAAGUGGUUUACAGGGGAGUCCCAAGUGACGGGGAUGGUUCAACUUCCCUGUUUGAAGUGAAUAUGACCUACACUAUCUAUGGUACUGGGGACAUGAUCGUUGAGUGCAAAGCAACCCCGAGUUCUGAAUUACCACCUUUGCCCCGUGUUGGAGUUGAGUUGCACUUAGAGAAGACCAUAGACCAGGUCAGAUGGUAUGGAAGAGGGCCAUUUGAGUGCUACCCAGACAGGAAAGCGGCUGCUCAUGUUGGAGUUUAUGAACAAAAGUUAGCUGACAUGCAUGUUCCGUACAUAGUACCAGGAGAAUGUGGCGGCAGGGCAGAUGUGAGGUGGGUAACGUUCCAGAACAAGGAUGGGGUAGGAAUCUUUGCCUCAAUGUUUGGUAGUUCCCCACCCAUGCAAUUAAGUGCUAGUUACUAUUCCACUGCUGAACUUGACCGGGCAACACAUAAUGAAAGGCUUGUUCAAGGAAACGACAUCGAGGUGCAUCUGGACCAUAAACAUAUGGGUUUGGGAGGGGAUGACAGUUGGUCACCAUGCGUUCAUGAGAAGUUCUUAGUUCCAGCCGUGCCAUAUUCUUUUUCUCUCAGACUGUGCCCAGUCACUGCACAAACCUCUGGCCAUGAUAUCUUCCAAUCCCAGCUCCAGAAUUAG